AUGGCCCACGAGAAUUCACUCGAUGAUAUCUUCGGCUCCUCUCCGCCCGAGCUGGAUGCGCCGGUCCGCGCAGAACCCUCCAGCGCUGAGCCCUCUGACCUCCCAUCUCUCCGCCGCCAGCACGUCACAGCCGGAUACCGCGAUGGCACCUCCAGCUCCAAAGGACUCCACGUCCAAGAUGGAUUCGAUGCCGGAUUCCCCGUCGGCGCCCAGAUGGGCAUGCGUGCCGGGACAGUCCUGGGAAUCAUGGAGGGGCUGCUCCGCGGAUUCGAAGACCGGAGUGGCCCGGGCGCCGUGAAGAAGCCGGCCCGAGGCAGUACAGCUCCCACUGCACGAUCUACUGAAUCGGGCGAAGCCAAUGAUCAAGAGGUGGCGGAACUACGUCGGCAACGGAGAGAGCACAUUCGAUCGCUGUAUCAGUCUGCUCUGAAGGAGCUUGAUGUGCAGGCUGUUUUUUCGGGUGGGGUGAAGGAAGGGGCUACGGAGGUGGUCCCCGCUGGUCAGGGCGAGGAGAAGGCCGAGACGCAGCUGGCGAUGAAGGGGGAUCCGGUGAUUGCGAAGUGGGAGGCGGUUGCUGUGGUACCGCGGUGGGAAGAGAACAUGGAGGCGUUGGAGAUGAAGGAGAAGGAGCAGGGCGAGGGAGUCAAGGGCGGCCAGGCUGUGGAGCAGAGUUGA